AACGUUCUUGAACGCUCCCCACAGAGAUGGGUUGGCAGAGCAGGAAGUAGUUUAACCGCGGCCGGAUGUUCUGUGUGAAGACAGGAACAACAAAGAAGAGAAAGCGCCCCGGUUUUAAAACUAAUGAGAACACACCAGAACACCAAAUAUAGAAAACUAGCUGUCGUUGACAGUAGGGCAAAAGCAUUUGGUUUGCAUGUGAGGACAAGUGUCUGCCGAGCCAACCAUGGCGAGCAAUGCAGAGGACAUUGAAAACAGUCUGGACCAACAGGAGACCAGUGUGGCCUGUGAACCCAGCCAGCAGCCACAGGAGGCUGCGGGGGCCAGAGCCCGGUCCAGAGGAGGGGGAGAAGGUGGGGGUGGGGGGGAUGGAGGAGGCGGAGGAGGCGGAGGAGGCAAUGGUAGCUGCCGGGAGCAGAACGGACAGCCGCCCGCCCCUCAGCCUCCCCGCGUGUUGGAGGCCGAGGAGGACGAGGACGAAGAGUUGACCCUGAAAUACGGCGCCAAGCACGUCAUCAUGCUGUUCGUUCCUGUGACCCUCUGCAUGGUGGUUGUCGUGGCAACCAUAAAGUCUGUCAGCUUCUACACCCAGAACGACGGCCAGAGAUUGAUCUACACACCGUUCCCUGAAGACACAGACACGGUGGGACAGAGAGCCCUCAACUCCAUCCUGAACGCCACCAUCAUGAUCACUGUGAUCAUCGUCAUGACACUGGUGCUGGUGCUGUUAUACAAGUACCGCUGCUACAAGGUGAUCCAAGGCUGGCUCUUCCUCUCCUCCCUCCUCCUGCUGUUCUUCUUCUCCUACAUCUACCUCAAAGAGGUUUUUAAGACCUACAAUGUGGCCAUGGACUACUUCACCCUGGCGGUAAUCAUUUGGAACUUCGGAGUGGUGGGCAUGAUGUGCAUUCAUUGGAAAGGGCCGCUGCGGCUCCAGCAGGCCUACCUCAUCAUGAUCAGCGCCCUCAUGGCCCUGGUUUUCAUCAAGUACCUGCCAGAGUGGACCGCCUGGCUCAUAUUAGCCGUCAUAUCCGUCUACGAUCUGUUAGCGGUUCUCUGUCCCAAAGGGCCUCUGAGGAUCCUGGUGGAGACGGCCCAGGAGAGGAACGAGCCCAUCUUUCCAGCUCUCAUCUACUCCUCUACAAUGGUGUGGCUCGUUAACAUGGCUGACACUGACCGGCCAAAAAGGAACUCGACAGAAGCGGCCUCAUCCCAACAAGGGGCUCCUGAAGCCGUGGCGUCCCCGGCUGCCGCCAGUCUGUCGCAGGACGACGGGGGCUUCACCCCCACCUGGGUCACCCAGCAGGAGCACCAGCUGGGGACGCUCCAGACCACCGAGCAGACCAGGCGGGAGAUCCAGGAGAUGCCCUCCGCUCGCCCACCCCCCGAAGACGACGACGAAGAGAGGGGCGUGAAACUGGGACUGGGAGACUUCAUCUUCUACAGCAUGCUGGUGGGGAAGGCCUCGGCCACGGCCAGCGGCGACUGGAACACCACGCUCGCCUGCUUCGUAGCCAUCCUCAUUGGCCUGUGUCUAACCCUGCUCCUCCUCGCCAUCUUCAAGAAAGCGCUCCCUGCUCUGCCCAUCUCCAUUUUUUUCGGCCUGGUCUUCUAUUUCGCCACAGACAACUUGGUGCAGCCCUUCAUGGACCAGCUGGCGCUCCACCAGUUCUACAUUUAGCAGGACGCUGCCCUGAUAACCCUCACCCACAUAGCCCCCCGGCCAACAACACGAGCAGUCCCU